AAAAUAGAACACACGUAUUUUUACCGCCAACAGGAUUUAUGUUUUUUUAAAAUGAUUAUGUUAGAAGGUGGUUAUUUGUGACCGUGGCCGUGAGAGUGGCAGACGUGUGUAUCUGUCUGUAAACACCAAUGAUCACCGUGACACCGCACAUCUCAGGCAGCAAAACCAUCCAGACAGUGCGAGCAAACUGCGAAGAAGUGGACCGCGGGGGAAUGUAGGACGCAUUCGCAGACGUGUUAGCUAUCUGUACCUAUAUUUGAGGAGAUAUUUUGUGGGGCAAAGGGUACGAUAGAGAAAAACAGGUCGUCCCGGUGAACCGUAUGCCACUGCUUGGGUUUUAGCUAGCUAGAUUUUGCUGGGCUGCAGCCAGCUAAUUUUAGCCUCUUUAGCUUCUGAAUAUUACUUUGCUCUGGGUCUUGAUAUCAAAUUUUCGAAAAAUUCAAGGGCCAUGGAUUUCCCAGGCCACUUUGAGCAGAUCUUCCAGCAGCUCAACUAUCAGCGCGUGCAUGGUCAGCUGUGUGACUGUGUCAUCGUGGUGGGCAACCGACACUUUAAGGCCCACCGUUCAGUGCUUGCAGCAUGUAGCACUCAUUUCAGAGCGCUGUUCACAGUUGCAGAGGGGGACUCCAGCAUGAACAUGAUCCAGCUGGACAGCGAGGUGGUGACUGCCGAAGCAUUCGCUGCUCUAGUUGACAUGAUGUACACAUCCACACUGAUGCUGGGGGAGAGCAACGUCAUGGAUAUCCUCCUUGCUGCCUCACAUUUGCACCUCAACAAUGUUGUUAAAGCCUGCAAGCACUACCUGACCACAAGAACCUUGCCUAUGUCUCCCUCGUCCGAUAGGCCCACACAUCAUCAUCCUCAGCAGGAACAGCAAAGGCAUAGGCAGCAGCAGCAAGUGGCAGAUUUGGCAGCGAAUCCAACUUUAGCAGCUAAUGCUAACCUCGCAGCCAGUGCUGCCACAUCAAAGUUGCAACGCUCCUUUUUGUUGCAGCAGCUGGGUCUCAGUUUGGUAAGCUCUGCUUUAGGAGGGAUGGAGGAGGAUGGGGUUGGCGGCAGAGUGGUUGAACAAAAGGCCUCCUUUCCAAUCCGACGCUUCCACAAACGCAAGCCCUCUCUUACUCUGGGACUUUCAGAUGAGAGACCCAGACAAAGGCAGCGUCCCUCUGCCCCGAACAUGGGCUUGUUAGGAGAAGACGGUGUAAGUGCAGAGCGAGAGGAGGGAGCGCUUCUCUCACCCGACUCUCACAAGAUGGGGGAUGAAUCCAAGCUGGAUCCAGCAAUCACUGGGCUAGUAGCAGUGUCCCAAGAUGACCCACAGAUGCCAAGCCAGUCAGACAGUGGACACUGUGAAGGGGAGAACUUGGGGAGAUUGCAAGGGGGUGUGAACAAGGAAGAGGACAUGGGUGACCAGGAUCAUCAGGGCAACAGAGCAGGGGUAAAGAUAAAAUCAGGAAAAGAGGAGGAGGACAUCGAAGAAGAGGAGCACAAGGUGGUGGUUAAACGAGAACCGCUCAGUUCACCUGAGCCAGUAGAUGAAAACAGCGAUGUCACAUCCCAAGCGGAAGGCAGCGAUCCGGCUGAGCCGGGAUGCCACGAAGAGGAAGAAAAAGUGGAGCUGAGCCCAGAGAGUAGCGACCGUAGCUUCACUUCUGAACCUCAGCCCAGCUCCGACCCUCUGCUUCAGUCCAGCUCUCAGCUACUCCUCAAGAGCAGCAUGGGAAGCAGCACUGGUGUCACAGGAAGUUUUGGCUGUAAUAACCUACUUGGUGGAAAACCUGGUUUCAAUAUUUCCAGCUUCCUCAGCCCAAAAGAUUUUGGAAGUGGUGGGUCGGGGUUGAUUUCAGGAGAAGAUGACCUUCCCAAUACAACAACUGGAGAUGCAGUCACUCAUCGCUUUCUGCUGAGGCAGGAUGCUGCUGGACCAUCUGGUUCCGCUUCUUCGUCUCUUCUGCAGUCGGGUCCACUCAGCAGUGAAAAUAGAAGCAGCUUCGGAGAUAACCUGCAGGCUGAUUCUCUGUUUCUCCGCCCGCUUCACGAUGGCUUGGGAAAUGCCAGAGGAAGCGGUGGAAGUGCAAGUGAAGGACGUGGAGGGGUAGAUCCCUUUGGUUUGGAUUUUCAGCACUCCAGUCUGGGGCUUCACUCCUUGGGGCGCUCCCCAAGAGGACCAGGAGGAACGACUGGCCCUGCUUUGGGUUAUUCAAGCUACAGACGUAUUGCUCCAAAAAUUACCAACGGCAUAGGAGAAGAAGUAGUAGGUGGGGUUCUUCAGGAUGCCGCCUCCUCUUCCUCAAGUCUGACCGGUCCGCUGCUGCUCAACGAGAGCGGCGGAUAUGACAUUAACAGUGGCAGGCCCACCUCCCUACCGCCUCAGCUUACCAGAGCUUCAGCAGACGUUCUGUCAAAGUGCAAGAAGGCUCUCUCGGAGCACAACGUCCUGGUGGUCGAAGGGGCGCGAAAAUACGCUUGCAAGAUCUGCUGUAAAACCUUCCUCACGUUGACCGACUGCAAGAAACACAUCCGCGUCCACACAGGAGAGAAACCGUACGCUUGUCUUAAGUGCGGAAAACGCUUCAGCCAGUCUUCACACCUGUACAAGCAUUCCAAAACCACAUGUCUGCGCUGGCAGAGCAGCAACAUGUCCAAUGCUCUGUUGUAGGGUCCACUUAAAUAGAGCAGGGGAGUAGAAGAGAGCCAAUAUUUUGUUUAUCAAAAAUGUAAAAACAACAAAAAAAAAAAGUCUGAAGCUUUGAUAGAACUGUUUUAUCACAUCAUCUGCUCCAAACCAACCAGUCCUGACAGCAGACCAAAGAAGGGAUAAUCAUGUAAUCAUAGACGCUGUUUGUCAGGACAAGCCCAUACUGUCAAGUUAUUUUAUUGUGAACCCAUUUAUUCUGCAGAAAAUGAUAGCAAUGCAGGACAUGCAAAGUGAAAUAUAAACUGUUUUUGAUUUAUUGUACUGUAUUAUAUUCACUGUAGUAUAUUCUGUAACUCCCUGUAUGAAAAUAAUUAGAUUCUAAUUAUAAUGAAGAUGUUGCAUCAUGCAGCACAAGGACUUUGCACAGUAUGAUUCAGGCCAGUCAAGGCUCAGCUCUCAAAACUCUUGAUAAACAAAAUAUAAAUUGAAGUGAUCACUUCAUGAUGUUUUAAAGUUCAACUACAAAGCAGAUUUAAUGCAGUUUUAAGUGAAGUAUUUGCAUUAUGUAAUUGUACAACAUGUAGCAGCAACAUGUAAAAUCCCUGAGUUCUCCCAGCUGUACAAAUUAGCUGUGCCUUGUUCAGGCCAUAAUACUGUGUAGAACUGAUUCAGUUUGUGUGCCACAUCCUUUAUGUUUGUAAAUACAAAGAGCUGACGGUGGUGUGCUCAUGAUAUGUGAUGUUGUACAAAAAAAGGGCCAGACUGAGUCUGUCCUGCAGGUGAAUUACUGCAUAAUGCUGACAUCUGUAGCUAUUUGAAAGUGUAACCUACAGAAGAUGACAAAGAAUCUAGUGUGUUUUAUGUUUUGUUAUGCUGUUGUGCAGUUAAAAUGUGACGUAAAUAUCGACAAGUGAAAUGAAUACUUGUUUACUUAUGGAAACAGUCAUUUUAAAGCAUUAUUUAACAGGAAAAGAGGUAAAGAAUGGUUCAUAUAUAAAUUCUCUGCAUUUUCUUUUUAUAUCUAUGGUUGGAUUUUUUGUGUGUAUCAGAUCAGAUCAAGAUGAGGAGAGAUGUUCAAUCUCUGUAGCUGCCUUUAAGUCCAAUCAUAUUUAUAUUGAUCUUUGAUAUUACUGCUUAGCCCAGUUAAUAUUAAAUAUUUCUAUUUGCAGCCUAAAUUAAACUUAUUGGACUAAUGGGGCCUUACUUCACAAGUCACCGCAUAUAACACUUCCAAAAGUCUGGUACUUGGACUUUGGGACAUAAAAGUUUUAAAAGCUUUUAAUCGCUGUUCCCCUCCUCGGUUUGUGUGACUCAUUUAUCUUAGAAUGAAGCUGCACUGUUUAGAGGAGCAAAAUUAAUAUUCCAAGCAAUCAGGACAAAAUAUAACAUGUCAUUCCUUACUAAGAAAACACACCUGUCUUCACUCUGUUUUUGAUUAAACUAUUAUUACAAAUAACAGUCAUUUUACGACAGUCACGAUUUUCAGUUUAUUGUGGUUUAUGAUUGUAAAAGUUGGUCAAAGUUUCAUUUUUCAUUGUUGCUUUUAUGUGUAGUGAAAGCAACAAAGUGGUGCUUUUGGACAUGAGCUCUUAGAAAUGUGAAUACUGCACAUUUAUGGCCAGUUGUAUCAUUUCCGUCUUGAAGUAGACGCUCAUAAAUGACUAAAUAUUUAUAUAGGUUUACUACUGUACUACAUCUGCUUGUUGCAUCUGAUACAGAAGCACUUCGACAAAUCAACCUUUUAUAUGACUAAGAUAUUUACUAGAAUACUGAACUAUGUGAAAAUGUUGACCUGAAGGGUUGAGCUCUAGUAAUUUGUUGGGUCUAAAAGCCAGGAGUUUAGCAUUUUUGUUCUUCUGUGGGCUCCCAGUCAUGCAGGGUGUCCCCUUUCCCAGUAAAGGUGAGGGAAUAUUUCACAAGCAGAUGUUUAAAAAAAAAAAUAAAACUAUUUUUACAGGACUUUUCCUUUUUUGCUCAUUAAUUUUAGGAGUUUAGAGCUUUUUAAAAAUCUGUAUAAGUGUAUUUGAUUGUCUACAUGAAGCGCUGCCAUAUACUGGAUAUUAUAGGACUCUAAGAUUGACAAGAGGGUGUGCUGGGAAGCAGUUAAAACUUGCCUCUCAAAGAAAACCCCAUCAUGUUCAGUUAUCUUACAUCAACCAGUUCACCUCCUUUAGCUUGUAAAUAAAAGCAACUUUAUUGGUCAAGAGUUUAACAGAUUGCAUUGCAUUGCAAGGUGAUCUGAAUGCAUUUGCCCUUUUGUACUAUAUCUGCUUGAUGUGGCAUCAGUCACUGCUUCAAUCUAGAGGGUCACCUUGUUGUGGAGUCACUACACUGUUAGCAGAGUACAACACCUUUAUUUGAGACAUCAAUCAGAAGUCGAGAGUCUUGAGAAUGUUCCCUAAGUUGGAUGUCCCCCCCUUAAACACUGCUAAAUCUGCUAUUCAUGACAUGCAAUCAGUGGUAAUGUUUUUUGUAGUUUGGCUGCAGAGAAUGAUGGUUGAAUCUCUAACCUGAUUUUUAACUAUCAGCCAGCUUCCUCUAACAUCUCAGAAAAAUGAUCCUGCCAGGAGGAGUCAUGAUGGUGCUGGAUUCUAAAACCUCAUAUGAAUCUCUGAAAAUGCACUGACUGUACUACCACUCUAUGAAUAUGCCAGAUUUUUAAUAAUAUUUCAAGGGCCUCAAUUGAUUUAAAAAGUCACUGCCUUAAGCCUUCUAGCUUGAAAAGCCAGGCUUUUGUUCAUAUGCCAAAACUGAAGGGUAUUUGUUUCUGUAUAAGUCACAUAGUGUAACCAUGAGAUGGUUAAAUGUUUGUCUCUUUACUGUUGAAGGUUAUGAAGAUUGUAAAGUAUGUUCAGUUACUGUAUAGACUGAAUAAAUACAAUUAAAUUUA